UGCGCGCUGCUGCUGCUGCUUCUUCCUCUUCCGCGCCCGUCCAGCUCCGUGUAACUCUCCGGUCCCGCCAUGGCCGCGCUCACCCGGAACCCGAUGUUCCAGAAGCUGCAGGAAUGGCACCGUGCGAACCGCGCCGAUCUCAAUCUGCGGGACCUUUUUGAGAAGGAUCCGGAGCGCUUCAACCACUUCAGCUUGAACCUCAACACCAACCAUGGGAAUAUUCUGGUGGAUUACUCCAAGAACCUCGUGAACAAGGAGGUGAUGGAGAUACUGGUGGACCUGGCUAAGUCCAGGGGCGUGGAGGCUGCACGGGACAGAAUGUUCAGUGGUGAGAAGAUCAACUACACGGAGGAUCGGGCUGUGCUGCAUGUGGCCCUCCGGAACCGGUCCAACACACCUAUUGUGGUGGAUGGCAAAGACGUGAUGCCAGAGGUCAACAGGGUUCUGGAGAAGAUGAAGUCUUUCUGCCAGCGGGUCCGGAGUGGCGACUGGAAGGGUUACACCGGCAAAUCCAUCACGGACAUCAUCAACAUCGGCAUUGGAGGCUCCGACCUGGGACCCCUCAUGGUGACUGAAGCUCUCAAGCCGUACUCUGCAGGAGGUCCCCGCGUCUGGUUUGUUUCUAACAUUGAUGGAACUCACAUUGCCAAAACACUGGCCAACCUGACCCCUGAGUCUUCCCUGUUUAUAAUCGCCUCCAAGACCUUCACCACCCAGGAGACCAUCACCAAUGCAGAGACGGCGAAGGAGUGGUUUCUUAACACAGCGAAGGAACCGUCUGCGGUUGCCAAGCACUUUGUCGCCCUGUCUACAAACACGACCAAAGUGAAGGAGUUUGGAAUCGACCCUCAAAACAUGUUCGAGUUCUGGGAUUGGGUAGGUGGCCGCUACUCGCUGUGGUCAGCCAUUGGACUUUCCAUCGCUCUGCACGUGGGUUUUGACCACUUCGAACAGCUGCUCUCCGGGGCUCACUGGAUGGACCAGCACUUCCGCAAGACCCCCCUGGAUAAGAAUGCCCCCGUCCUGCUGGCUCUACUGGGGAUCUGGUAUAUCAACUGCUUUAAGUGCGAGACCCACGCCUUGCUGCCCUAUGACCAGUACAUGCACCGAUUUGCUGCCUACUUCCAGCAGGGCGACAUGGAGUCCAAUGGGAAGUACAUCACCAAGUCCGGUACCCGGGUGGACCACCAGACAGGCCCCAUUGUGUGGGGAGAGCCAGGGACCAAUGGCCAACAUGCAUUCUAUCAGCUUAUCCACCAAGGCACCAAGAUGAUACCCUGUGAUUUCCUCAUCCCUGUCCAGACCCAGCACCCCAUACGGAAAGGUCUGCAUCACAAGAUCCUCCUGGCCAACUUCUUGGCCCAGACUGAGGCCCUGAUGAAGGGGAAGUUACCUGAAGAGGCUAAGAAGGAGCUCCAGGCUGCAGGAAAGAGCCCGGAGGACCUGGAGAAGCUCCUGCCACACAAGGUCUUCGAAGGAAAUCGCCCAACCAACUCUAUUGUGUUCACCAAGCUCACACCAUUCAUUCUGGGAGCCUUGAUUGCCAUGUAUGAACACAAGAUCUUCGUUCAGGGCAUCAUCUGGGACAUCAACAGCUUCGACCAAUGGGGAGUGGAGCUGGGGAAGCAGCUGGCCAAGAAGAUCGAGCCCGAGCUGGAGGGCAGCUCCGCCGUGACCUCCCACGAUUCCUCCACUAACGGCCUCAUCAGCUUCAUCAAGCAGCAGCGGGACGUCAAAAUAGAAUAAACUCAGCCGCAGCCCUCUUGA